AGUUGAUCUGAAUCAUUCUCUCUCCUUCCUCCUCCCGCCGGCGGCCGGCGAUAAGUCGUCUGCUAUUUGGAAGCUUCAUUGCGAUUGAAAAUGAUAUACGUUGACGGCGUUCCAUUUUCUUCUAAAUCAGCUUCUUCGUCUCAGGGCGGUGAUACUGUUCUUGCGUUGCUAGAGAACCCAAUUCUGGCAUCUGCAUCAGCUUCAUUCAAUGGAAUCUCAGUGCACAAUUAUUCUGUUUCUCAGGAAACUGAAUCACGAACACCGAGCCAACAGAAAUGUGUUUACGUCUUCCAAAGAGAAUAUGCUACUGUAGAUCCUGCUCUGGUGGAUUUUGUGGGAACUGAUGAAGCAACGACCUGUGUGGCGCUUGUCAUUCGCAAUAGAAGAAGUGGAAUGACAUCUGUUGCCCAUAUGGAUUCUCCAAAAGUUGUGGACAUUGGACUCAAGCAGAUGCUCACAUUACUGGUUGACAAAGAUUCUCAUGACGAAUUGGAUGUCCAUCUAGUUGGUGGUUUUGAUGAUGCCUCAAAUCAAAAAAACAUUAGUGGAAAAAAAAGAGGAACUAUUGCAAAACCAGAUGGCUAUUCCUUUCCUUUGUGUGCCAAGAUAAUUUUAUCUCUACAGCAGAACAGGAGAAGCUUUAACAUUCUGACUUUCCAUGUUCUUGGGAACAACACCAGAUGCAAUGCAGAUGGACAUCCAGUUCCAAUUUUUCAUGGAUUGCUGGUAGAUACAUCUAGUGGAUCAGUCAUGGCAGCUACCUUUGAUCGGUCGACUAGAUGCCCAGAUGAACUAAUCAGAAGAAUACGAGUGAGUGCUUCUUUUGAAGAUCCCAGAUGGAAGGGAAAGUUAUUGGAUACAUAUCAUACUCAGACAGACAGAUUUAAUAUUGCUCCAUGUUCAUGGUCAAACCAUCUGUUACAUAUUGCUUCAUCAGUGAUGAAUCUGUCUGAUUCUGAAAUCCUCCUCUCAUGUUCCACUUCACCUUUUGCUGAGAGCCCCGAUUUUGUGGAUAAUGAACGAAGGCUGUUCAACUACUUGCUCCAUUCUCCAGACUGGAAAGAUACCUUUCCCAUGAAUCAGUCGCGUGUAUAUAAAAGGAACUCCGACGGUGGCUGGAUAAGAUGCUGAGUAUACAUUUAUCUCCCAUAAUCUUAUUGAACAAAUCAAAGGUGCGGAUAACACCCACCCUGUUCUCUAAUUUAUUCGCAUAUAUGCUAUUGACCACUGUGCUAUAUGAUUAAAAUAAGCCUUUAUUAACACCACAUUAGAGGUUUGGUCCUAAUUUACAUCCACUCAAAUAUCCUAUUUAUGUGUGUAUAAAAUAUAGAUGAGUUCCCUUCUGCACAUCUUGAAAUGCAACAAAUUUGUCAACAUUGCCGCUUGCAAUGUGUUUCCAUCAAAAAAGUUCACAAGUUCUCAUA